AUGUUCUUUUUUCUUUCUCAGAAAUCCGUUUUUGCUCGCGGAUUUUCUGGAAUUCCGGGAUCGAAUGGCAUACCAGGAAUGCCGGGAAUUCCUGGCGCCCCAGGGCCGCAAGGACAACAAGGAAAAGAUGGAGCUAAGGGGGAGCCUGGUGUCAAGGGACCGAGAGGUACGACGGGAACAAGAGGACAAAAAGGAAAUCCAGGGUCACUUGGUAAAAAUGGUGCACCUGGAAUGACGGGAAUAAAAGGAGAUAAAGGUCGUGAAGGGUCACGUGGCAGCAGUGGACCGCCAGGAAUCAAGGGUGUGAAAGGAGAGCAGGGAUCUAAAGGAGAGAAAGGAGAAAUCGUGAAUAGUGCAGUGUCACAGACCAACUGGAAACAGUGUGUGUGGAAAAAUGAUAAUGGUAGAGAUAGUGGAAAGAUUAAGGUACAGAAAUAUCUAGAAAAUGCAAUAAAUAAAUUAAGCGUUAGAGCCUAUUUGUCAUGGCCAUCUCUGAAAGAGUCUUUAGAGAGAUGCAGCCAAACUAAAAAUAUCAAUUAAACAUUCUGUGCAUUCUUGAAGGCAGGAAAAGUACGAGGUCAUCAUCCAAAUUGUUUCCUUUAACACUCUUAUAAAACAUUUCUUUUGCACUAAGACUAUCUUCUUGGCAUUUUUUUUAAUAGGAUUGCCCAUUCAACAAGCUGCAGUCUGAUACAGCUAUUAAAGUCUCAUUCCAGGGAAAUACAAAAGUACAAGGCACUUCAAGAAAAUGCAACCGGUGGUUCUUCAAGUUUAAUGGUAAUGAAUGCAGUGGACCAAUGACAAUUGACGCUGUUGUGUACAACAACUGGCCAUCUGGGAAUCCUGCUCUGCUUCAUCACAGAUCAUUUGAGGGAUACUGUGAAAACAUUCCACAGGGCAAGGUUACUGUGGAGUUAUGGGUAGGACAGUGUCACGGUGUUACACUGGGUGAUGCUUACACUGGAUGGUCAUCAGUAUCCCGGAUAAUGAUAGAGGAAGUGACUAGAGCCCAAUCCUAA